GAAAGAAGCAUGGGUUCCAAUGUUUGUUUGAGUGAAUUAGCAGUUUGGAUGGUGGUGAUCCUUCAUUCUCUUGGCAGUGGCUUAGCAGGAGGAAGAAGCAUAACAAGGGAGCAAUAUUUGCAAAUGAAAGCCCAUAGAAAGUCUCUAAUCAACAGGCCAGCAAUUAAGAGCAUUAAGGCUACAAAUGGAGAUAUUUUCGAUUGUGUCGAUAUCUACAAACAACCUGCGUUAGAUCAUACUCGGCUGAAGAAUCAUACAAUCCAGAUGAAACCCAGCACUUAUCUUCUGGAAGGGAUCAUGAAGAAUAAUAAUGAGACUUCUCCUGCUUUUAAAGUUCCAAAAAUAGGACUAAAGAAUGGAGGUUGUCCUCUUGGAACAGUUCCUAUUCGUAGGGUUCAAAUAAAAGACACACAAAUGAUGGGUUUUCCCCCAAAAUUUGGGAAAAAAGACGACGACCUUCCACACCAUUAUGCAGCGAUGGCCAUGAAAGAAACCCAAGCCUCUUAUGGAACUUCGGCACUCGUGAAUAUAUGGAAACCAAAAGUUCAACAUAACGUCCAAUUCACCCUUGCUCAAAUUUGGGUUACAGCAGGACCACCUGGUGAAAGUAACUAUGUUGAAGUUGGAUGGCAUGUUUACCCAUAUCUCAAUGAUGAUUAUGAAUCCAGACUAUUUGUACUUUGGACAGCAGACGAUUAUAAAAACUAUUGUUACAAUUUUCAAUGCCAAGGCUACGUACAAGUGAGCAAGAAUUUGUCUCCUGGUAUGGCAUUCGAAGAUGUAUCUGUUUAUGGUGGAGCCCAAUAUGCGAAUUACCUCUCUAUAGUCAAAGACAUGGAAUCUGGUAAUUGGUUGCUAUUAUGGGGAUUAGCGAAUGAGUUGAUUGGUUACUGGCCCAAGGAUCUCUUCAAUCACUUGGCAGAAAAAGCAGACGAUUUACAGUGGGGUGGUGAGACAUACGGUCCAAUCCCAGUUCCUGAAAUGGGUAGCGCGCAUUUCCCGGAAGAAGGUUAUGGAAAAGCUUGUUUUAUGGCCCAUAUUCGUAUUGUGGAUCAAUUUAAGGCUCUGAGAGGUAUUGAUCCAACUGAAACUCAUAGUAAAAAUGAUGUCCCUGCUUGCUAUAAAUCAAUUGUAAGUCUGACCCCAGAGUUAGGGGCCAAUCUUUUUUUUGGGGGUCCUGGUGGUAAUUGUGUUCCUCAAUCUUAG